CUCAUCUGAAAACAAUUUCUCUUCCUUAAGGAGGAUUCAUCACUCUUCACCUUCUUCCUCCAUGAAGUACUUCUUUGGUAAUUGAUUGCUUAUAAUUUGUUUUUGUUUUUGUUUUUUUUUUUUUUCCAUUGAAUUAUAGAUUGCCAUAUCUGGGUUAUCUGUUUUCUGAGCUUUGAGCAUAGGAAUGGGGAGUUUCAAUGAAGGGAAACUCAGGUUUUGCAUUGACAGAGGGGGAACCUUCACCGAUGUUUAUGCGGAAAUCCCGGGUCAGCAUGAUGGUCGAGUUUUAAAACUUUUGUCUGUUGAUCCAUCAAACUAUGACGAUGCUCCGAUUGAAGGUAUUCGGAGGAUUCUUGAGGAAUUUACGGGGGAGAGAAUCCCACGGAGUUCGAAAAUACCCACUGAUAGGAUAGAGUGGAUUAGGAUGGGUACAACUGUGGCAACAAAUGCACUUUUAGAAAGAAAAGGAGAAAGGAUUGCUCUGUGUGUGACUCGAGGCUUCCGAGAUCUGCUCCAGAUUGGUAACCAGGCUCGACCCAGCAUCUUUGACCUCACUGUAUCAAAACCAUCAAAUCUGUAUGAGGAGGUCAUAGAGGUGGAUGAGAGAAUUGAGCUUGUUCGUGAUGAGGAGGAAUCAUCUGCAUCUGCAUCGUUAGUUACUAGGGGUGUUUCAGGUGAGCUUGUCAGGGUUGUGAAGCCUCUGAAUGAAGAUGCUCUAAAGCCUUUACUGAAAGGGUUGUUGGAGAAAGGAAUUAGGUGUUUGGCUGUUGUGUUGAUGCAUUCCUAUACUUAUCCACAGCAUGAAUUAGCUUUGGAGAAGUUAGCUACAAGUUUGGGUUUCAGACAUGUUUCUUUAUCUUCAGCUUUGACUCCCAUGGUUCGAGCUGUUCCUAGGGGUCUAACAGCUAGUGUUGAUGCAUACUUGACCCCAGUUAUUAAAGAGUACUUAUCAGGUUUCAUAUCCAAAUUUGAUGAAGGAUUGGGGAAGGUGAAUGUUCUGUUUAUGCAAUCAGAUGGAGGACUUGCACCAGAAAGUAGAUUUUCAGGGCACAAGGCUGUCUUGUCUGGUCCUGCUGGUGGGGUUGUUGGUUACUCACAGACUCUUUUUAGUCUUGAAACAGACAAGCCCCUUAUUGGGUUUGACAUGGGUGGUACGUCUACUGAUGUGAGCCGCUAUGCUGGAAGUUAUGAACAAGUUCUGGAAACCCAGAUUGCUGGUGCCAUAAUACAAGCACCGCAGCUUGACAUAAACACUGUUGCUGCUGGUGGUGGAUCAAAGUUGAAGUUCAAAUUUGGAGCUUUCCGAGUGGGACCAGAAUCAGUGGGUGCACACCCUGGUCCUGUCUGUUACCGGAAAGGUGGGGAGCUGGCAGUUACAGACGCUAACUUGGUUCUAGGACUUGUAAUUCCUGAUUAUUUCCCAUCAAUCUUUGGCCCUAACGAGGAUCUGCCUCUAGAUAUCAAGGCAACCAGAGAAGAAUUUGAGAAGCUUGCGAGGGAAGUAAACUCUUACAGAAAGAGUCAGGAUCCAUCUGCAAAGGGCAUGACAGUGGAGGAGAUUGCAAUGGGAUUUGUUAAUGUUGCUAAUGAGACAAUGUGUCGUCCAAUACGGCAAUUAACAGAGAUGAAGGGCCAUGAAACAAGGAACCAUGCUCUUGCUUGCUUUGGAGGUGCUGGGCCUCAGCAUGCCUGUGCUAUUGCUAGGUCUUUGGGUAUGAAAGAAGUACUCAUUCACAGGUUCUGUGGGAUCUUAAGUGCCUACGGGAUGGGAUUGGCAGAUGUUGUUGAAGAGGCACAGGAGCCAUAUUCUGCUGUUUAUGGUCCGGAAUCUGUCCUGGAAGCUUCUCGCAGAGAAAGUGUGUUGCUAAAGCAAGUAAAACUGAAGUUGCAGGAGCAAGGGUUCAGAGAGGAAAACAUUACUACUGAGACAUAUUUGAAUUUGAGGUAUGAAGGUACAGACACUGCCAUCAUGGUUAAGAAGCAAAUCGCUGAAGACGGAUCGGCAAGCGACUAUGCUUUGGAAUUUGUGAAGCUAUUUCAGCAGGAGUAUGGAUUUAAACUACAAAACAGGAAUAUCUUAAUAUGUGAUGUGAGAGGUCGUGGUAUAGGAGUCACAAAUAUAUUGAAGCCACUGGACCUUGAACCUAUUUCUGGUGUUCCUAAAGUUGAAGGCCACUACAAGGUGUACUUUGGGAAUGGGUGGCAUGAUACAUCUCUAUUCAAGCUUGAGAAUUUGGGUCAUGGGCAUGUCUUGUCUGGUCCUUCAAUCAUCAUGAACGGGAAUAGUACUGUUAUAGUAGAACCCAAUUGUAGAGCUAUUAUAACCAAAUAUGGCAAUAUUAAAAUUGAACUUGAGUCUACUUCAAAAACCAUGAAGGUAGAGGAAAAAGUUGCAGAUGUUGUCCAGCUUUCAAUCUUCAAUCACAGGUUUAUGGGUAUAGCUGAACAGAUGGGAAGGACCCUACAGAGGACUUCAAUAUCAACAAAUAUCAAGGAACGGCUAGAUUUCUCAUGUGCUCUCUUUGGUCCUGAUGGGGGACUUGUCGCCAAUGCCCCUCAUGUCCCCGUGCACCUAGGGGCUAUGUCGAGCACAGUUCAGUGGCAGCUCAACUACUGGGGUGACAAUUUGAAUGAGGGUGAUGUUUUGGUUACUAAUCAUCCUUGUGCUGGAGGUAGCCAUCUUCCUGAUAUAACUGUUAUAACACCUGUUUUUGAUAAUGGGAGGCUGGUAUUCUUUGUGGCAAGCAGAGGGCAUCAUGCAGAGAUUGGAGGUAUAACUCCCGGAAGCAUGCCACCUUUUUCAAAGUCCAUAUGGGAAGAAGGGGCUGCCAUAAAAGCAUUUAAGCUCGUGAAAAGGGGGAUUUUUCAAGAAGAAGGAAUUGUAAAACUUCUCCAGUUCCCCUGUUCUGCUGAAGCGGUGCAUAAGAUCCCAGGAACACGCAGGCUUCAAGAUAAUCUAUCGGAUCUUCGAGCGCAAGUAGCUGCGAACCGGAGAGGAAUUUCCCUUAUCAAGGAGCUUAUUGAGCAAUAUGGUUUGGAAACUGUUCAGGCAUACAUGACGUAUGUGCAGCAGAAUGCAGAAGAAGCAGUGAGAGAAAUGCUUAAGUCGGUUGCUACUAGAGUUUCAUCUCAGUCAUCUAAGCUUGGAGAUGGAAAUUCAGUGUCCAUUGAAGAAGAGGAUUACAUGGAUGAUGGGUCCGUUAUUCAUUUGAAACUGACAAUUGAUUCUGGCAAAGGUGAAGCGAUUUUUGAUUUUAGUGGCACCAGCCCUGAAGUUUAUGGGAAUUGGAAUGCACCAGAAGCAGUAACAGCAGCAGCAGUCAUUUACUGCCUUCGCUGUUUGGUGGAUGUCGAUAUUCCUCUAAACCAAGGUUGUCUGGCUCCUGUUAAAAUCCAUAUUCCUGCUGGCUCAUUCCUUUCUCCAAGUGAUAAGGCUGCCGUGGUAGGAGGUAAUGUUCUAACGUCACAGAGAAUUACUGAUGUAGUGCUUACUGCAUUUCAGGCUUGUGCAUGUUCACAGGGUUGUAUGAAUAACCUCACAUUUGGGGAUGAUACUUUUGGCUAUUACGAAACAAUCGGAGGCGGGAGUGGCGCGGGUCCGAGCUGGGACGGGACCAGUGGAGUCCAAUGCCACAUGACCAACACCAGAAUGACUGAUCCAGAGAUUUUCGAGCAGAGAUAUCCAGUUCUUUUGCAUAAAUUUGGACUUAGAGAGAACAGUGGGGGAACUGGAAUUCACAGAGGAGGUGAUGGGCUUGUGAGGGAGAUUGAGUUUAGGCACCCUGUUGUAGUCAGCAUUCUAUCAGAGAGGCGUGUUCAUGCGCCAAGAGGGUUAAAAGGUGGAAAAGAUGGGGCUCGUGGGGCUAACUACCUUAUCACCAAAGAUAAGCGGAUAGUUUACCUUGGAGGUAAAAACACAGUUGAGGUGGAGGCAGGGGAAAUUCUUCAAAUUUUAACUCCUGGUGGUGGUGGAUGGGGUUCUCUUUGAUUCUUCUCUGCCGCAAAUUCCUUUUUGUAAAUGGUGUUGGUCAACAUUUCGGAAAUCUGGUCCAUUACCUAUUGAACUUCAUGUUUUUUGAAUGAAUAAGAAAUUUACGAGUUUUAUUGAAAUCUAAUUGGGGGGUUUUCUUUCUUCUGUAGAUUGAGCACUUCUCGCCAUUUUUCCUAGUUAGUUCAUCAUUUGUUUUUUUUCUGAUUAGGUGUACAGUUUUUGCUGCUCUUUUAUGCUUUAGAUUUCUUUUCAUUUGCUCCAAUGUUUUGGAACCUAUUUAUGUUUGAUAAUUUUACUCAAAUAAAUCAUACUAGAUAGAUUUUCAGCAC